GGUGAGGGACUUCCGUGUUGGCGGGAUUCUGAACGCUGCCAUGGCUCAGACCGUGCAGAACGUUACAUUGUCCCUCACUCUGCCCAUCACGUGCCACAUCUGCCUGGGGAAGGUGCGCCAACCUGUCAUAUGCAUCAACAACCAUGUGUUUUGUUCUAUUUGUAUUGAUUUGUGGUUGAAGAACAAUAGCCAGUGUCCAGCUUGCAGAGUCCCCAUCACGCCUGAAAACCCUUGCAAAGAGAUCAUCGGAGGAGCAAGUGAAAGUGAACCUAUGCUAAGCCACACAGUCAGGAAGCACCUUCGGAAAACUAGACUUGAGUUACUCCAUAAAGAAUAUGAGGAUGAAAUAGAUUGUUUGCAGAAAGAAGUAGACGAGCUUAAAAGUAAAAAUCUCAGCUUGGAGUCACAGAUCAAGACUAUUCUGGAUCCUUUAACCUUGAUGCAAGGCAGCCAGAAUGAAGAUAAACUUCUGAUUGCAGAUAAUCCAAGUAAAAUUGACCCAGAAACUGUAUCAGAAUGGAAGAAGAAACUCAGAACAGCUAAUGAAAUUUAUGAGAAAGUAAAAGAUGAUGUUGAUAAAUUAAAAGAAGCAAAUAAAAAAUUGAAAUUGGAAAAUGGUGGCCUGGUGAGAGAGAAUUUACGACUGAAGGCUGAAGUUGAUAACAGAUCACCCCAGAAAUUUGGGAGGUUUACAGUUGCUGCUCUUCAGUCUAAAGUAGAACAGUAUGAACGUGAGACCAAUCGCCUUAAGAAAGCCCUGGAAAGAAGUGAUAAGUAUAUAGAGGAACUAGAAUCUCAAGUUGCACAACUAAAAAAUUCAAAUGAAGAGAAGGAAGCUAUGGAUGCCAUUUGCCAGAGAGCACUUUCUACAGAUGGUAAGGGGGGCAGUGAGGGAGAUGUGGCAUCAAAUAGUCAAGGUGAUGGUGCCAGAAAGCAGCCUAGCUCAUCUACCUCUAGUUCUUCUCAUCUGACAAAACCUGCCAGCAGCAGACUCUCUGACACCAGCACCUCGAGACAGGAAAGCACCAGCAAAACAGAACCAAACCAUCCUAAGAACAAAGAGCUGUAUCAAAAACAGGUAGAAAUAAUGUUAGAUGUUCCAGAUACAAGUAUGGAUACUUAUUUGGAAGGAGAAUGGGGUAAUAAGCCUGGUAAUUGUGUCACCUACAAAGAUGAGGAGCUCUAUGAUAUCCCAGCUCCUUGUACUCCUUUAUCCCUUAGUUGCCUUCAGUUAAAUACUCCAGAAAACAGAGAGAGUUCUGCAGUCAAAGCAGGAGGGUCCAAAAAGCACUCAAAUCAUCUCAGAAAAUUGGUAUUUGAUGAUUUUUGUGAUUCUCCAAAUGUGUGUGAUAAGGAUUGUUCACAAGAUAAUAUAAAUAGAAAUGAAAAUGAAAAGAAAUCAGAAUGUUUUGCUUCCCCAAAGACAGGAUUUUGGGAUUGUUGCUCUGCAAGCUAUGCCCAAAGCUUGGAUUUUGAAAAUUCAGAGGGAAACAUAAUAGCAAACUCUGUUGGAGAAAUAUCUUCAAAAUUGAAUGAGAAAUCUGUCUCAUGUUUAUCCAAGAGAUUGAAUUCUAUUCGCUCUUUUGAAAUGAACCGGACGAGAACAUCCAGCGAAGCCUCAAUGGAUGCUGCUUACCUUGACAAAAUCUCUGAAUUGGAUUCCAUGAUGUCAGAGUCAGACAACAGCAAGAGCCCUUGCAAUAAUGGUUUUAAAUCAGUGGAUUUGGAUGGAUUAUCAAAAUCAUCUCAAGGCAGUGAAUUUCUUGAGGAGCCUGAUAAGUUGGAAGAAAGAACUGAGCUUAGUCUUCCCAAAGGUUCUCUAAGUGCUGAUCAGCUGGAAAAUGGAAAUGAAUGGAAACCUGCUUCUUUUUUUCUCCUUUCUCCAUCUGACCAAGAAAUGAAUGAAGAUUUUUCACUCCAUCCUGCUUCUAAUCCAGAAACUAAUGAAAUCAAACCCCCAAGCUGUUUAUUUCAGACAGAGUUUUCCCAGGGUGUUUUGUUAAGCAGUUCACAUCGACUGUUUGAAGAUCAAAGGUUUGGGUCAUCUUUGUUUAAGAUGUCUUCAGAGAUGCACAGUCUUCAUACCCACCUCCAGUCUCCUUGGUCUGCUGCUUUUGUGCCUGAAAAGAGGAAUAAAAAUGUGAAUCAGUCAACAAAAAGAAAAAUCCACAGUAGCCUUUCUAAUGCCAGCCCAUCAAAAGCAACGAAAAGUUGACUCAUCAGGUGUCAUUGUGUUUUUCUCCUAAAAGAAAUAUAAAAGUUUUUAAAGUUACUUUUUUCCUUUCAUGAAUACAAUUUGAAUUGAUAAUCUUUAGUCAAAUGUCAAGUCAAAAUAGUAGAUUAACCUAUGUUCCCAGUGAACCUUUUACAUUAUUUUGAAAAGACUUUUGAUCUUUUCAUUUGGGGAUCUUUUUGACCAGAGAAGGAAGGGAAAGUUAUUUGUUUGCUUAAUGAAUAUAUGUGUCUGGGCUGGGUGUGUUUUGUUUCUUGGCUCUUAAUUUAACUAUUAGAUACAGUGGCCUGCUAAUGAGGCUCAGUUGUCUUCAAAACUCUUAGUGAUGUCUAUGCACUGAUCAUAAGACACUUGAAUUUCUUUAAAGCUUUUACCUAGGGUGAAGAUUAUUUUGUGUGCCCCUUUUUAUUUAUGUUUAGUGAUGGCCAGAUUUUAUGCAAGGCUAUGGUGGAAAAAUAGCAUUCUGACCUUAGUCCAGUAUUCAUUUGCUUUUUCUUCAGGUUUUUAUGUAUAUGUUUGCAUUUUUUAGCAUUUUAAUUUGUCCAGUUUUGUUACUAUGAAAGAAUGCAUUUUCUACAUAAAAAUAACUCAUUUUUAUAUCAGGCAUCUUGUACUUGCAUUUUUAUUUGAUGUCCGGCAGCUUAUAUUUGCUUAUAUUUUUGUAUUUGAAAUCAAAAAUUGAGUAUACUUUCGAAGAUAUGGAGCAGUUGAGUUUGUUGGAGGAGCUUAGACACCAUAGCUUCAUUGUUCCUAAUGUAUACAUGCAAAAGCAUCUUUGCCAAGUUCUCGAUCCACUUAUAUCCCAGGGAGGGGUUUUUGAAGUGCUAACAUUCUUAUUUGCAUGUAACUGUUCUCUGUGGAAACAGGCUGCAUGAUAACAUUUUGCUUGCUCUAUUUUCCGUACUUAAGAAAAAGAAGAUUCAAUUGGCUACUAGACUAGCCUUUUUUUUUUUUUUUUUUUUAAAGAGUAUUGAGAGGUUAAGGAUAAGUAAUAAGUAAGCACAAUUUGUAAUUUAGGCUCCAAAAAAAUAUAUUACCUGAACAUGUUUGGUGUGCCUGUGAAGGCCUUUAAAAAAAUGGGUUUGUGUGCUAAUUACUUGUUUAUCUAAUGUGCACUGAAUCUUUUACAUUAAUGCCAUAUUGUCUUACAUUAAUACUGCAUGCUUUUCUAUGUGAAUUGAAUAAAGGAUGUCAUAAGCACUGUAUGUCUUGGUGUUUCAGAUAUUAUAUUAGCCUAUGUAGACCCAGAAAAUUUAUCAUUAAUUAGU